CACAGCUAUUUUCAGGUCCCUUCAGAGAUGUUCGAUCGGGUUCAAGUCCGAGCUCUGGCUGGGCCACUCAAGGACAUUCACAGACUUGUCACUAAGCCACUCCUGCGUUUUGGCUGGGCUGUGUGCUUUGGGUUGUUGUCCUGUUGGAAGGUGAACCUCCACCCCAUUCUGAGGUCCAGAACGCUCCACAGCAGGUUUUCAUCAAGGAUCUCUCUGUACUUUGUUCCGUUCAUCUUUCCCUCGAUCCUGACUAGUCUCCCAGUUCCUGCUGCUUAAAAACAUCCGCACAGUAUGAUGCUUCCACCACCAUGCUUCACCAUAGGAAAUGUUCAGGAAGCUGGAAGGUUGCUGGGUAGCAGAAAUGUCCGUGUCAACUGUUUGGAUCAGCAUGGAAUGACUCCUCUGAUGCACGCUGCAUAUAAAGGAAAAGCUGAAAUGUGCAAACUGCUCCUGCAGCACGGUGCGGAUGUAAAUUGCAAUGAACAUGAGCAUGGUUAUUCAGCUCUUAUGUUUGCUGGACUCUCGGGUAAUAAAGAGAUAACAAGGAUGAUCCUGCAAGCUGGAGCAGAAAUAGAUGUUGUAAAUUCAGUUGGACGAACUGCAGCACAGAUGGCUGCCUUUGUUGGCCAGCAUGAUUGUGUAACUGUCAUCAACAAUUUCUUUUCCCGUGAAAUGCUGGAUUGCUACACAAAACCACAAGGACUUGACAAGGAACCCAAGCUUCCAAUCAAAUUAGCAGGACCCCUGCACAAAAUUAUCAUAACAACCAACUUGAACCCUGUUGCGAUUGUGCUGAUGGUUAAGGAUAAUCCAUUGCUAGCAGAUGUUGAUGCACUGGGGAAGUGCUACAGGGUGCUGGAUCUUCUAAUUGAAAAAUGCAUGAAACAGCGGGAAAUCAAUGAAGUACUGGCCAUGAAGAUGCAUUAUCUCAGUUACAUCUUCCAGAAGUGUAUUACGUUCUCAAAGGAACAUGAGUCUGAUCUUGACGGGUUUAUUAAAAGUUUAUUAAAAGGACGGGAUAUUGAUGGUUUCCCAUGUUACCAAGAGAAAUUCAUAAGAGAAUGCAUCCGGAAAUUUCCUUGGUGUGAAGCCACCCUGUUACAACAGCUUGUGAGAACAAUUGCUCCAGUUGAAAUUGGUAAUGAUCCCACAGCUUUAUCUGUAAUGACUCAAAUCAUAACAGGCCAGGUUGGCUUUAUGGAUGCUGAAUUUUGCACAGCCUGUGGUGAAAAGGGAGCCGCAAAAAGGUGUUCAAUUUGCAAAACGGUGAUAUACUGCAAUCAAAAUUGUCAAAAGAUGCACUGGUUCACUCACAAAAAAGUUUGUAAAAAGUUGAAAGAAACCAGAGAAAAACAUGAAGCCAUGGAAAAAAUGAAGCAGAAUGAAACAAAAGCAACCACCUCUGAAACCAGUGUGGAUGAGGAGGAAAUCGUCCAAGAACCUGUAGGUCCCUCCAACCCUUCCCCCCCAACUUCUGAAGAUGGCUCGGGGUCUCGUGAUCUCAGCGCAGGACCCACAGCAGAAGUGAAAGCUUCACAGAAAGAGAGCACAACAGAAGGAGGGGUCAUUUCUCCUGCAACCAUGCACACAGCCGAAGAAUAAAGUGAAUCCAAUGCAGCCUUGGCUUUUUAGUUGUGUGAAACAUAAUCCAACAUGCAUUCAUCAACAAGGUCAUUGCUCCACUACAUAACUGCAGUGAAGGACUGUUCUUGUGCACUAGAGAAUUAGUUGCUUUGAUCGUGCUUUCUAGCCUGUACCAAAGCCGCUUGCAAUCCUGAAGAGUCAGUAAACUAAGCACCAAUGACGUCAGCAGGAUUUGCUGUCGCUAUUUAAUUCAUUAACUACAUCUGGAAAAGAACGCUCUUUCACUACUGAAAAAUCCAAAUGGAUUGAUCUAAAUUCUGCGCAAGUCAAUUAAAGUAAAUUUGCUGUAAUAUUUCAAAAAGUGCAUCACACAAUGUGGGAAAGUAGUGUAUGAAUUUAUGACGUGCAUUUAAGAUCAAAAUGACUCAAAUUACCUGCAGAGUAAUUGUUUUCCUGUGAUUAAAGUCCAAUGUUCUGAAGUUAGCCAGUCUUAAUGUUGGUGUUCGUUUCUGCCAUUUUGAUCUCCUGUUGAUGUUAAUUGCAAUUUCUUUAGGUUAUUUUUCCACGGGGAAAAUCUUUCUUAAUUGGUGUGUAUUGAUGAAAAUCAACAGAUUUUGCAAACCACUGUUCAAAUGCUUGUUAGUAAUAAAUUUGCAGUUUUUGUUUGC